CAGAGGACAAGAGAAAAGAGACCAAGUUGUCUGUUGUGGGAUUUCGUAGACCGCCCCAGCCACCAACGUCUGCGUUGCCGUCGGCAGCCCAGCCAUGAGCCAACCCAUCGCCCUGCCAUGAUUCGCCUCGAACUCGACUCAACUCUACUGAAAGACUGAUGAGCUGACGGACCGCUCUGGAGGGCCCAUUGGCGGGACUUUGCGGCGUUCAAGGAGGAGAGAUCGAAUCGCGAUGGCAGCCGGCAGGCAGAGGCAGCGGCGUCCGGCAUGAUCCGUUUGACGUACUCAACCUCGCUCGCUCAAGCUUGCUUUAACCUGCCAGGCCCAGCGUGCGUCUGCUUGUGUGCAAAAUACCUCGAACCUUGCUUCAUCAUCACUUCUGCACUGCUCUCUCUUCCUCUUGAUUUGUCCAUCUUUCAUCUGCAACGAGGGCCCCUCGUCCUCCUCCCCUCUUCUUUCUCUGCUGCAAGUACCCUCUAUUUCCAGCCCUCAGCGGUGCGGAAGAGACCCCUCUCUGAGGCUGAGGCGCACGACGGGCCUGCAUCAUCCCGCAUCGCUCUCUCUUCCUCCCUCUCUCUCCCGACAUCAGGGCCGCCCACUCCUCCCUCUCAACUCUCUUCUCUCAGAAGGGCGUGGCAGUGUCAGCGCUCAGAUCCCCCCAUCUUAUCCUUCUUUCGUCUCUGUCAUCACCACACACACACACACACACAGACGCACUUCGGUCUUUGCCUCCGCGGCCAUUCCCCAUCAUAUCGACAUCGGAAUCAAAGGCUUCCUCUGGCCAUCGCCUUCGACGACUGUCUGAAAUUCCACCGCUUGCGUUUGCCGCCCGGGCUUGGCGCCAAAAGCAACUUCGACGACUGCUGCCGCUGCGAGCGAGCGAGCUAGCCUGAUAGUAUUGCUCUCGAGCAUUCCGAACUUCUGCUUCAACGCACACGAGUCGAUCUUCUGCAACCUCUUCAUCAUUCCCGUUCCUCGUCAUCACUUGCAAAGACUACGAAGGCCUCAUCUUCACGGCAGCAGCGGCUACGCCACCCCCUUU